UGCGUCAAGCUUGCUAGGGCUCAUAAAUCAGCUGUCUUAUAGCCCUGGUCAUUUCAACCAACGUCUGACCCUUUUGUUAACUCAUGAUUUAUAACUGGAAGUUACUUUUCUUUAUGCCAGAUAUAUAAACUUUACUGUGCUUGGUUUGAUAUAAUAUCCAUUUUGUACACCAAGCUGUAAGACAGUAAAUUUAUUGUCCGUGAACUGUUACCUUGAAAAAUUACAUCAAUGCAAAGUGGUUUCCAUUUAGAAUCAAUGGGCAAUAAAUUCAUUGGAUUUUUUUUUUAUUAUUUUUUUUUUUGGCGGGGGUGGGGGGGGAGUGGAGGAGGCAUGAUGAUAUUUAUGAGGUCAUGAGCAGCUAUAUAACGAGUAAAACUGGGAGCAGAGGCAAUAGUGAGACAGGAGUUCAUAGUUCCAGGGGUCGACAAAGACAAAAUAUAUUCAACACAGCAACAAUGCACAAGCUGGUAUUCUGCUGUCUCAUCAUCAUCAGCUUCUCCUGUCCUCUCUUUUCUCUCCCCACCAUCAACACCAGUGAGAUGUCUCAUCAACUCUCAGCAGACGAAGAUUCAAGAUUAAACCUGGAGCGGCUGGGCAGCAGUUCUCUGCUUCAGUUUCUGCAGGAUCUCUUGAGUACACUGACUGAAGACAAUAAAGCAGAUCUUACCUCCAACAGCUAUAACACAAGGGAAAACGUAAAAGAGAUUUUCUACGGAAAUCACCCACGAAUUGCUUUGCUGGGCCGCCUGUUGACCAAGGACAGGAAACAGUACAAGAAACGUGGGAACCUUUCUGAAUGCUUCUGGAAAUACUGUGUGUAAAGAGGAAAACAAACUCUCUGAGUUUGGCUACGUAAUUUAUACAUAUGUCUGAAAACGUGUAUAUAGAUUUGCCUGAUUUAAAGUGAGAAUGAAGGAAAUUGAAGACAGUUCCUAACUUUAAACUCUAUGCUACUUGGAAAUUAAUAAAUUCUUGAUGUUUUGCAAA